AUGUUGGACACUGGUGUGGAGAAGGAAGAUGCCAGCGCAAAGGGGGAGCCCUCCCUCCAGUUGGAACCCUGCCAACUGUCCGGCUCCGAGACGUCCUACACAUCAGAGGAAGAGGUGGUGGAGACACACAGCCAUAAGCCUCGCUGGUCCAUGGGCGUAGGCAAGAAGGACGAGUGGGAGAAAAAAUUGAGAAAGGUGGCCCUGGACGGCAUGGCAGCUAACUGGGUGGUGGACCUACAUGACUCUGAUGCCCCCGAGCUCCAGAACUUCAACCAAUUCAUGUUCUCCCUUAGACGACAGUUUGAGGACCCGUUGGCAAACUGGAAGGCCCAUAAGCCGUUCGUAAUCCAAGCCGAUGCAAGUGACGUAGCAGUAGGACCAGUAUUGCUACAGGAAAAUGACAAGGGGCAGCUGCAACCCUAUGCCUACAUGUCCAGAAAACUCUCUGACACGGACCAACGUUGGGCGGUGUGGGAAAAAGAGGCGUACGCUGUGAGAUUUUGCAAAGCAGCUGCUCUGAAGAGGAAGAAAAUACCCUACAUGAUGCAGUGGCUUCUCAUUUUCUUGAUAUGCUUUUCUGCAAGAUCAGCACUGGCUGACAUCAAUGAAGAUGAAGCAAAAAAUAACAUUACCAUCUUCACAAGAAUUCUAGACAGACUUCUGGAUGGUUAUGAUAAUCGUCUAAGACCUGGACUGGGAGAUAGUACAACUGAGGUUUUUACAAACAUCUAUGUGACCAGUUUUGGACCAGUUUCAGAUACUGACAUGGAGUACACAAUAGAUGUUUUCUUCCGCCAAAAAUGGAAAGAUGAAAGGCUAAAAUUCAAGGGUCCCAUGAACAUUCUCCGACUGAAUAAUUUAAUGGCCAGCAAAAUUUGGACUCCAGAUACGUUCUUUCACAAUGGAAAGAAGUCAGUAGCUCACAAUAUGACUAUGCCAAACAAGCUACUACGAAUCCAGGAUGAUGGUACUCUUUUAUAUACUAUGAGGCUUACAGUCCAGGCUGAAUGUCCAAUGCACUUAGAAGAUUUUCCUAUGGAUGCUCAUUCGUGCCCAUUGAAAUUUGGCAGCUAUGCAUAUACAACAGCAGAAGUAACCUACAAGUGGACGUUCAAUGCAUCAAAUUCAGUAGAAGUAGCUCCAGAUGGUUCAAGGUUGAAUCAGUAUGAUCUCCUAGGCCAAACAAUUGGACAGGAAACUGCCAAAUCCAGCACAGGUGAAUACACAGUGAUGACAGCUCAUUUUCAUUUGAAGAGGAAAAUUGGUUAUUUUGUGAUUCAGACCUAUCUUCCCUGCAUCAUGACAGUCAUUCUGUCUCAGGUGUCAUUCUGGUUGAACAGAGAAUCUGUUCCUGCAAGGACAGUGUUUGGAGUAACAACAGUGCUAACAAUGACAACGCUAAGCAUCAGUGCUCGUAAUUCCUUGCCCAAAGUAGCUUAUGCCACAGCUAUGGAUUGGUUUAUUGCGGUUUGUUAUGCAUUUGUGUUUUCUGCCUUGAUAGAAUUUGCCACUGUAAAUUACUUCACAAAAAGAGGAUGGGCGUGGGAUGGAAAAAGCAUAGUCAAUGAUAAGAAAAAAGAAAAGGCCUCAGUCAUUAAGAAAAACAAUGCCUACGCAGUGGCCGUUGCCAAUUAUGGACCAAACAUCACCAAGGACUCUGUUCUCCCAACCAUCUCCAAGAGUGCCACUACCACUUCAGAAUCCCACAAAGCCAAACAAGAAACCAAACCACAAGAAGCAAAGAAAACAUUUAACAGUGUUAGCAAAAUUGAUAGAAUGUCCAGAAUAGUAUUUCCAGUUUUAUUUGGCACAUUCAACUUGGUGUACUGGGCCACAUAUCUAAACAGGGAACCUGUUUUGCAUGGGUUUGCACCAUCACACUAA